CAAUUUCGACUCUCAUGGUUUUGUUUUGGAGGCACCCUCCUCGUCCCCUUCUUCGUUCGCUCAGUUGCUUCUUCGCCAUCGCCACAUCAAUUAGGGUUACACGCAAAGUCAGUAGUUACACUUGGAUUUGCGAUCAAUCCUCUCCGAUCCUUCUCCUCGCUGGCACUGCCUAUCACUCCCUCUGAUGCCGCGGAAAUUUCAUAAGUACUCAUGCAUUGUACAUUGGAGGCAAGUCUUGGAAGAGUUGGCCGUCGUUCUUGUUCGGUCUCGAUCGUUGCGGUGGUGCAUUGCGAGGGGAUUGAUUGGGGUGGGGUGACCAUGGCCAGGGAGGACUGUGAAGAGAUUCGUAGGUUUGGAAUAGGUUUUGGAUGGGAGUGGUUUUGUUGAGUUCGUGGACGGAGGUAGUGGAGGCAUAAUGGAUGUUUUGGAGUGUUUUGGAGGUUUGAUGGUGGUUUGAAUUGAUGUGUGGAAGUGGUGGCGGGAUAUUAAUAGUGGAAUUGAAGGGCUUUAGGUUGCAUGCGUGUGUGUAAGGCGUGCUGGCGCGUGGAGAGUUUCCCAGGUUAGAUGCAUGGAUGGGUGGAUUUAGAGAUAUCCGUGGUUUUGUUUACAUUGGUUGUUACUGUAGUUGUGUCUUUGGCAUUUGCGCAUCAAGUGACCUCGAGAACUGAUCAGAGAUUGAGGAGGAGUUUAAGGUUUAGGGCCGCCGCUGUAGUUAGUGCUGAGGCUGAAGCCGAAUUUGAAGUAGAUCAGAAGUCGAUGUUGGAUACAAGUAUCUGUGCUGUAUGCCAGAAGCCUGCCACUCGGCUCCGGUGCUCAAGAUGCAAGUCGACGAAAUACUGCUCAUCUAAAUGUCAACUGGUUCAUUGGGAGGGAGGCCACAAGAAGGAAUGUCGUACACCUGGAGCAAGCAGCCUUAGCUUGCUUGUGGGAAGUGAGAGUGGGGUCAUGUACAAUAGCAAGCAUCUGGAGACGUCGAAGGGCGUGGAUUCUACAACUAUGUUGAGCCCUAUAAGUUUGCGAAUCACCAGAAAUUCUAGCACCAAGGUGACUGAUGCUGGUAGAAAGUCAUCCUCAAGUCAGUUGACGAAGACUUCUCGUAAUGCCCAUGCAGAAGCUCGAAGCCUUUCAAGGCCUAAAACGCUUUUGUUCUCUUACGACUACUUCGUGGAACUGUUUGAAUGGGACGCGCUGGGUGUACCGUGUGGUUUGCUCAAUUGUGGAAAUAGUUGCUUUGCGAAUGUAGUACUUCAAUGCCUGACAUAUACGCGGCCUCUUACUGCGUAUCUACUGAAUGGUUCUCACGAGGAAGAUUGUAGGAGAAAUGAUUGGUGUUUUAUGUGUGAGCUUCAAAGUCAUGUUCACAAUGUCAGGCAGAAUCGAAACCCAUUUUCACCAAUACGAAUCCUCUCUCGCAUUCGAAAUAUUGGCAACCACCUUGGUUAUGGAAGACAGGAAGAUGCUCACGAGUUCAUGAGAUUUGCCAUCGAUUCCAUGCAAUCCAUCUGCUUGGAUGAAUUUGGAGGAGAGAAAGAUGUUGAUCCUGCAACUCAAGAAACCACUCUUAUUCAUCAUAUAUUUGGUGGUCAUCUUCAGUCCCAGGUCAAAUGUAUGCAAUGCCACCAUGAGUCCAACCGCUAUGAGAGUAUGAUGGAUCUUGCCGUGGAGAUACAUGGUGUUGUUGACUCCUUGGAAGAUGCCAUUGCACAAUUUACAACGAUUGAGAUGCUGGAUGGUGACAAUAAAUACAAAUGCGAUCGUUGUAAUGCUUAUGUGCGAGCUCGGAAACAGCUGACUGUGUAUGAGGCACCUAAUGUUCUUACUAUUGCACUCAAACGAUUUCAGAGUGGAAAGUUUGGAAAGUUAAACAAAAGAGUUACAUUCCCUGAAGUGUUGGACAUGUCUCCAUAUAUGAGUGGGGCCAACGACCAUCCUCUUCUUUACAGACUGUACGCAGUGGUGGUGCAUGUGGAUAUGUUGAACGCUUCAUUUUUCGGACAUUAUAUCUGUUUUGUGAAGGAUUCAAAUGGUGUGUGGUACAAGAUUGAUGACAGGAAGGUAAAAGAAGUGGACUUGGGCAAAGUUCUUACCCAGAGAGCUUAUAUGCUAUUUUAUUGCAGAUCAGGUGCACGGAAGGCACCUAAUAUAGAGGAACACCCUUCUGCAAUCCUAGCAACUUCGCAUUCAGUCCCCAAGAAGACCCGCACCUCUGUCUGCAUGGAAACUCAAAGAAGUUCAAUUUUUCCACCCACACUUGGAGCAAUACCUGUGCCUACAGAUUUUUCCAGGGAUUACCCAAAUGAUAGCGAGUUAAUUCAAUUGAAACAGUCUGAAGAAGAGACGGAGGUACAUGAUCGGAAAAUUCCGCAAAACUCAGAGGACAUCAUUGCAACAGAGGAUAAAAGUGCCGGAGAAACGGUGAAGGAGAUCAGCGAGAUGGAUUUGGGACCUGUAAGCACAAAUGUGUCUGAAGAGGAAGAACCUGCAGAGGAGUCUAGAUCUUCUGUUGCCUUAGGUCUGUCAUUCGACCUCAUAACCAGUGCUCCAAAUGUCACAUCUAGUUCUCAAACUUUGAAUUGCAAUUUGCCAUCAAAUAAUAACCUCAAACAGAAUAGACUCUCCUCGGAUGCAACCAGUGAUGACUUGGACAGAGGGAAGAUCAAGCUCACAAAUCAACAACAUUCACUACUGCCUUCCUCGAAGAGUUUGGGUGUUGAUCGAUUGAUGGUGUUUUCAUGUGUGGAAAAUGAUGAUUUAUCCCCUCACUCUCAAGUGCUUAACUUUGGAGGAAUGUCAUCAUCAAUAAGUGCGUGGGUUAGCGGCACUGAUGAUUUAUUACCAUCGAAUUUGCAUUCUAUGUGUUCAAACUAUUCUGCAGUCUCUAGUCCACAUGGUACUUUUGCUGGACAUGAAAGACGAAGCUUAAAUGAAGCAGAUGCCUGGAAUGACUAUGUCUCUAAUAGAGUCAAACGACAACAUAUCGAAGAAUCUCCUGAGAAACUAGGAUCUGCAGGCGCUUGUUUGAACGGGGAUUCUCAGUACAUGGAUGUUGAUGAAGGAAGUGCUUCAACCGUCGAUGACGACUUGAAUCCACAUACGUCAUUUGAAGUGCUAUUUAAUGACGGUGCAGGACGAUCAUCAGUAUUAUUGGAUACUUGUCGGACAAGUGGUAAUAGAGAGCUCUUCCGGUCAUCAGCAGCCUUGCUUGAGUUAGAGUCUCUCCACUCCCGAAGUGCUCUACAGUUGACGUCAUCCAUAAAAAACCAGGGAGCUGGAAUCGAACCUAUGGGAAGCACUGAGCCUUCAGGAGAGUCUUCCUCGUUCUUGAAACCCCUCCGAAGUCGUGUCCUCACAGAAGAACUCCCUAGGCCUGCAGUGGACAUCAGAAAAGUUACGUCUACGGUAAGAGUGACUAGGAGUGGCACAGAGAUACAUGAAGAAUCGUUCGAUGUUGGACCCAUAGAGGAUGAUAUACCUUAUGUGUUUGCCAAACCACUUUUUGCUGAGCCAGCUAUACCUCAAUUUUGUGAAGGGCCAUGCGAUCAACAACCGGAUAAAUCAAGGCGUUUGACGAAAACACCUACAGUGGAGAUGCAGGAUUCCGUUCUAGGCGCUGCUGAUGGAGUACCUAUUCCUCCUGACACGAUAAGUUAUGUUGAUGUCGAGGAGAACCAGUGUAAAAUUGACACGCUUAUUUGGGAUGUGAAGCGCACAAACCAAUCCUCGAAACCACUGUUCCGUCCUGGAUUUUUAAUCAAGCGCUCAAAAUCCAAUUCGUCAAAUUCUAUGAGUUGUACGGAUGCAUUUGCAAAUGAUAGAAGUGAGGCGAUUGGUCAAGGUCAUUUCAUUGAAGUAUGCCAGGAUCCGUCAAACGGAAUACCUGCAUCAGCACCUGUAACCAAUGGCACAGGAAUCGACCCUCAAAGGUCAAUCACGAAUGGCAAACUGAUUAGUAAUAGGAACUAUAGUGAUGGAAAAUCUGUAUCAAGAAAGAAACCUAAGGAUUCUCCUUUGGAAAAUAGUCCCAUUAUAAAGGAUCAAUCUGAAAGUACGAAGUACAAGAAUGUCAAGCAAAGGAGGAACGAUAGUUGUGCCUGUGGAUCCCAACAGAAAUGGAAGAAAUGCUGUGGAAAAGCUUCUGUUCUCAAAGGAGGACUCGUGACCAAGCAAGUUAUUGUGUGAUCAUUUCUUGCCCUGCACCAAUGCGGUGGCCAUGCACGUCAUUAUGGGUGACUAGCCUAACGUUAGACAAGAGUUUGCUUCAACGGCUGCCACUUCGCUGACAACUCGAAUUUCGUGCAACCAUGGUUGUGGUUUGUUCUCAGGCUGACUACUCUCUUGCGGGCAAGCUGGAUGCUGUAUCUACGAAAGAACCCGGAGUUUGCUUAUUCCAGGCAUUUACAGACACCAUGUGACAUAAGCUUUCUUCACUGAAUGUGAGGUUUUCUGGUGGUUAAUUUUUUUAAAGACUAAACAUAGUAGGUAACAUUUUUCAGAUGAAGAAAAGACCGUUUCCCUUCGAUUUUAUCCCUCCAACCCUCUUGAUGGAGAUUGCGGGAUGGUUGUUAAUAUGUAUAUUUUUGCACUGCUAGGGGUAAAGGACUGCAAAUGCACUAGUAGUGUACAAGUAUUGCAAUUUUGUUAUUUCCAGAACUUGAAGAUCUAAAAACUGUGAGUCUACCUUAACGGAAUAUGAGAUAUAAGAGUGCACCAAUGAAUGGUUUUAAUUUUUUUAAAAAAAUGAUACCUGAUGAGGAAACAUAA